AUUCUUCUGAGUGGGGGAAGCGUGAGCGCGAGAGCGUUACUGCUCGUAUUUUUAUUGCGAACCCUAAUUCUGCAAUCUCCAUUAUUGUGCGCCGCUGACACACAAAUCUGCAGAAUUGAACCCAGUGGCAAGUUCCUCACAGUAGCGACCACCUUAUUCUGGACUGUAUUGGUCGCUCACCGAUGAGCAUUCCGCAGUUCACACACCAAGAGAAUUUUAUGCAAGAUGAUGAUAAUCGAUUGGAGAAUACACGAGCUAGAUUUGGAAGUUUGCUUAAAAGGCAUGGAGAUUUGACAGAGCGCCUUUCUAGGGAUUCUGACAAGAUAAUAUUUGAGCGUCUACAGAAAGAGUUUGAAGCUGCACGAGCUUCUCAAACUGAAGAGGUAUGUUUAGAUGGGGAACAGUGGAAUGAUGGUCUACUAGCUACAAUAAGAGAGCGGGUGCAUAUGGAGGCAGACAGAAAAGCAAUGCCUGGGGAUGCUGACAUAUUGGCAUGUCCUCAGGAAAAAAUUACCUAUAAAAUUGGAAAUAAGGUGAUUUGCUGUUUGGAAGGGGCAAGAAUUGGUAUUCAGUAUGAGACAUCUUUUGCUGGUGAACCUUGUGAAUUUUACCAUUGUGUACUGGAGAGUAAAUCAUUUCUUGAAAAGAUGACUGUCCUUGAACACACAGUUCCAUUUUUCCUGCCAAUACAUGAAACAGAAAAUGAUCUCCUUUCAUCCAAUGCAAUGAAAUUCAUAGAUCAUGUUGGAGAUCUGUUGCAGGCUUAUGUAGACAGACGGGAACAGGUCAGACUUAUAAAAGAACUAUAUGGAAAUCAAAUCGGAGAGCUGUAUCAUAGCCUUCCCUACCAUAUGAUUGAAUUCGUGUUGGAUGAUUUUGACUGCAAGGUGACAGUUGGUCUUCGAUAUGCAGAUCUCAUUUCAGUGCUUCCAACUCGAAUCAGUGUUCUAGCCUGGCCAAUGUUUAAGAAAAAAACAUCAAAGGAAGAUGGACACUCUGGAAGUCAUCCUGAUCCAAUUCGCCUAACCUAUGCGGAAGAUGCCUUACGAACCAUGAGUCUGCCAGAAGCAUAUGCAGAGAUUGUAUUAAAUCUCCCGCAAGCGCUUCAGCAGAUAUAUCAUCAAAGAGCCCCCACCUAGAGCCUCGCCUCGCCUUGCCCUUGCUGCAGUCUAGAUUCAUCUGUAAAAAUUCUUGGUAGAGCUGUUAAAUGUUAGAAAAAAUAGCUUUAGAAUUGUUACCUAGCAAAAUUGGUCAUAGGUUGAACACAUUUUUAUGUACUAUUGUCCUACUCCAUUUGUAUUUUGGCUCAAUACCUACUCUGAUUUCUUAUAUCAUUUUUACGAGUUCUACAUCCAUGCCAAGUUCCAACUGUUUUCAUUCAUCUUUACUUCAUAAUUCAAUAUACAUGUAAUUUGGUUUCAUAUGAUUGG